CCGUUGUGCCACACAAACACAUGGUUCUUGUUCAGUUUGACGAAAAGUAAGAAGUGUACGUUGUUUUUCUUGUUUUAAACAAAUUGAAACGUACGCAUGCUUAUGUCUAAUGAUUUGAAGAUUAUAGUACUUUUGUCGUCAGACUAAUAUUCUUAGAAUAAAAAGAAAAAAUGGAACUAAGUAAACUAAGUAUGUCCAUUAUUUGGUUACUAUUGAUUACUAUUGCAUUUUUUAUUGGCCUUAGUAAUGGGGUUGCUGUUAUGAGUAUUGAUAUGGGCAGUGAAUCAAUGAAAGUUGCUAUUGUUUCACCUGGUGUUCCUAUGGAAAUAGUUUUAAAUAAAGAAUCAAAGAGGAAAACACCAGUCACAAUUGCAUUUAGAAAUGGAGAAAGAAGUUUUGGAGAAGAUGCUCAAGUAGUGGGUAUUAGAUCACCCCAAAAUAGUUUUUCUUAUAUUCUAGAUCUGUUAGGAAAAAGUAUAGAUAAUCCUAUGGUAGAGCUUUAUAAGAGAAGAUUUCCAUAUUACGAUAUCAUAUCCGAUGAAGAACGUAAGACGAUUGCAUUUAGAUUGGAUGAAAAUACCACAUAUACCCCAGAGGAAUUGCUUGCACAAAUUUUGCAUAAAGGAAAAGAAUUUGCUGAAAAUUCAGCUGGCCAAAAGAUCAGUGAAGCAGUAAUAACUGUUCCAGGAUUUUUUAAUCAAAUUGAACGAAGAGUUCUUAUGCAAGCAGCUGAUCUUGCAGGGAUCAAGGUUUUGCAACUUAUUAAUGAUUAUGCUGCAGUUGCAUUAAAUUAUGGAAUUUUCCGUAGUAAAGAAAUAAAUGACACUGCACAUUAUGUAAUGUUUUACGACAUGGGUGCUAGUAGUACAACUGCAACUAUUGUCAGUUAUCAAAAUGUGAAAACGAAGGAAAAGGGAUUCGUUGAAACUAAUCCUCAUGUUACUAUUUUGGGUGUGGGUUAUGAUCGUACUUUAGGAGGACUUGAAGUGCAAAUUAGAUUACAACAUCAUUUGGCAAAGGAAUUUGAUGCUUUAAAUAAAACAACAAACUCUGUAUUUAGCAAUCCAAGAGCAAUGGCAAAACUUUUUAAAGAAGCUGGCCGUGUUAAGAAUGUGUUGAGUGCAAAUACUGACCAUUUCGCUCAAAUUGAAGGAUUAAUAGAAGAACAUGACUUUAGAUUGCAAGUUACCAGAGAAAAAUUGGAACAACUUUGUGCUGACUUAUUUGAACGAGUAGCAAAUCCUAUUAAAAUUGCUUUAAAAACAUCAGGUUUAACAAUGGAUGUUAUAUCUCAAGUUGUAUUGGUUGGGGCUGCCACUAGAAUGCCAAAAAUACAAGAGCAUCUAAAUCAGUAUUUAACAGUUGAGUUAUCUAAAAACAUCAACACAGAUGAGGCAGCUGCAUUAGGAGGAGUAUAUAAAGCUGCAGAUCUUAGUAAAGGGUUUAAAGUAAAGAAAUUUGUUAUUAAAGAUGCUGUAUUAUUUCCUAUACACAUUGUUUUUGAUAGAACAGUUGAUAAUAGAGUGAAACAAGUUAAAAAAUCAUUAUUUAGUAAAAUGAAUCCUUAUCCUCAAAAGAAAAUUAUUACGUUUAAUAAGUACACAGAAAAUUUCCAAUUUCAUAUUAAUUAUGCUGAAUUAGAUUACUUACCAUCUAAUGAAAUAGCUGUCAUUGGUAAUUUUAAUUUGUCUACUAUAACUUUAUCUGGUAUAAAUGAAGCCUUAGAAAAACAUGCUAAAGAUGGAGCAGAAAGUAAAGGAAUUAAAGCGCAUUUUGCCAUGGAUGAGAGUGGCAUACUUAAUUUGGUGAAUGUAGAAUUAGUAUCAGAAAAAUCAAGUUCAACUUCUGAUGAAGAAGAGGGUACUUUCUCAAUACUUGGCUCAACUAUUAGUAAACUUUUUGCAGGGUCAGAGGAUAAAGAAGGAAAAACGGAGGAAUCAUUAAAAGAAGAUAUAAAGCCAGUUAAUGAAGAAUCUGAAUAUCCUGAUUUGCAAAAGGAACCAGCAGAUAAAACAAAAAAGAAAAAUGAAAGCACGAUUACUGAGGAUAAAACAAUAAAUAAAACUGAGAAAGUAGAAAAAGAGAAAGAAAAAAAGGCCACGGUUGUUACGAUUAAAGAACCUAUUAAAGCUGAUGAAAUCAAAUUAGGAUCACAGAUUCUUUCUGGAGAUAAAUUUGUUGAAUCUCAAGAGAAAUUGCAUCGUUUAGAUGUAUAUGAUUUUGAGAAAGUAAAACGUGAAACAGCUUUAAAUAACUUAGAAACAUUUAUAAUUGAUGCUCAACAAAAAUUAGAAUCUGAAGAAUAUGCCGCUGCUGCUACUUCUCAAGAAGCUGAAAAUAUAUUGAAAGCAUGUUCUGAAAUUUCUGAAUGGUUAUACGAAGAUGGAUUUAGUGUAACUGCUGAAGUAUAUGAGGAGAAAUUGUCACAACUUCAGAAACUUACUAAUGAUGUAUAUGAACGCGUGUUUGAACAUAGAGAACGCCCGGAAGUUUUAAAAGGCAUGACUUCUAUGUUAAAUGCAAGCACAACAUUUUUGAAUAAUAUGCGCAAUUUGAGCUUAUCGAGCGAAAUCUUUACCCAAGUAGAGAUAGAAAUGUUAGAGAAAGUAAUUAAUGAAACUCAGGAAUAUUAUGAUACAGUUGUCAAAUCUUUUGCUGAGACAGCUUUGCACGAAUCAGUGAAAUAUAAAGUUCGUGAUAUUGCAAAUAAAAUGGCAUUGCUUGAUAGAGAAAUGAAGUAUCUUAUAAAUAAGGCAAAGAUAUGGCGACCAAAGCAAGACUCUGUUACAAAUCAUACAGAGAGUACAAAUGAGAAUACAACAAACACAAAAGAAGGAUCGGAAGAAUCUGUUCCUAAAUCGGCAACUGAUUCUCAAACGGAAAACGAAGAUUUAUCUGAAAAUGUAAAAGUACAAAAUGAAAAAUCAGUAGAUUCAGAAGAAUCAACAGAUUCGUCAAAGGAUGACGAAUCUGAGAUGACUCAUGAAAGUACUCAAAAAGAAAUACAUCAAGAACUUUAAAAAAAAAUUUAUUUAAAAGUGUGUGACUUUCAUUAUUGACCGAUCGCAUUUCGGUUAAUAAAUUAGAUAAUUUAUUACAUUAUAGGACAGGUUUAUGAGUGCAUUUAAAAACCAAAAUCAAAUUCGAGAAAUUGUGUUAUUGUGGCUGGAUGAAUUAUUUUGCAAAUGUGAAUAUUAAGUGUUAUCUUAUUUAAUUUCGUAUAUUUGUAUAAAAUUAAUACAGAUAUUAAUAAUCCAUUUUUCGUACAAAAGGAAAUAGAUUUAUCUUAUUAUAUAUACGUUUUACACACAAGUUACAAGAAAAGAAAGCCGACCAUUACAUAAAAAAUCAUAUAAGAAAUUUUAAGUGCCAAGCAGAAACAAAUUUGAAUAAUUUAAUGAUUUUAAGCGAUUACUGUCAAAAAGAAAAAAAAAACACUACAUUUAUUACAUUUAAACAAAUAAAUUAUAAGUAUAAAGUCAUUAUUUACAAAUUGACGUAUCAUUUUAUUUGGUCGGACUUCAUCUACUGUGAAUAUAUUUAAUUAAUUGUGAUACUUGAUACUAUAUUCUUAGAUAUGCUAUAUGCUAUAGCUUAAAACUGAUUUUCUACAAACAUCUAUAUCAAACAUUAUAAUUACACAUGCAUACAUAUGGGACUUCUUUACUAAAAAAAAAUUCAGUUUUUACGCAUUUUUUCCUACAUUCCUGAUUACUUAAUCCUCACUUGAAAAUGCCUAAAUCUCACAACACUUUACACAUGCUCCAUUACAUCUAUAAUAUAAUUCAUUUUAUAACGCAACAAGUAUAUAUUUAUUUUUGUUAUAAUCAAAAUUCUAGCAGUUUACUACAAUGUGAAUUAAAUGUAGUGAAGUAAAAUUUGACAAUGUUUAUCUGUUUAAAGAAAGUUGCACUCUUUGUGUAAAAUAAUUUGCUUCUCUUUAAAAAUUUGUUAUAAGUUGAUUAAAACCAUUCCAAACGAAUGUAAUUAUAAUUAAAAUUUAUAAAUUAUAUUAUUUAUUCUUGGCCGAAUAAAGCAGCCUAUAGGAUAUAAAUAAAGGAGGAGAAGAAUUAGUUACUUUCAGUUAGUAAAUUUAAUGUCGAAUUUGAUAAUUGUAAGAAAAUAUGGAUACAAAAAGUCUUCCUAUAAUUAUAUGCAAUGUCAAAUAAGA